GUGGUUUGCGAGUACCGCCUACCUGGUAAACUGAAGGUUUCUUUUCCUGCUAAAUUUGGAUACCAAUUCGGAUAAAAUUAAAUGCUUUUGAUUGCCAUUUCCUACAAAAUAUGACGUGCAGAAUCGUUGGAUAAGGGCGGAUACUGUUUCUUGGGCAUCGUAGUCCCCGGUCUAUUGGAAGGAUGGAGACUCUGAUUCCUACCAUCAACCGGCUGCAGGAGGUGUUUCUCACAGUGGGUGCAGAAGUCAUACAGCUGCCUCAAAUCGUCGUAGUUGGAUCUCAGAGCAGUGGAAAGAGCUCUGUGUUGGAGAGCCUGGUUGGACGGGAUUUCUUGCCUCGAGGAACAGGAAUAGUCACAAGACGACCCCUUGUCUUGCAACUUGUUAACGUUGCCCCUCUACAGGAGAGACAGAAAAUCGAAAAUGGAAAUGGGGUAAAACAAAAUGCCCAAAUCAGCCACCCAGGUGUCAAAGCUGAAGAAUGGGGUACUUUCCUGCACUGCAAGAACCAGAUCUUUGCAGAUUUUCAGGAUAUUCGUCGGGAAAUCGAAGCAGAGACUGAACGCAAUUUAGGUGACAACAAGGGUAUCAGUCCUGAGCCCAUCUAUUUGAAGAUUUUCUCCCCCAAAGUCCUUAAUCUCACCUUGGUUGAUUUACCUGGAAUCACUAAGGUUCCGGUUGGGGACCAGCCAGAGGACAUUGAGGCACAAGUACAAGAGAUGAUCUUGUCCUUCAUCUCCAAUCCAAACUGCCUCAUCCUCACAGUUUCCCCUGCCAACUCUGACUUGGCCACCUCGGAUGCUCUGAAAUUGGCUCGUGAGGUUGAUACAGAUGGUCGUCGAACGCUGCUGGUGGUCAGUAAGCUGGACCUGAUGGAUGCUGGGACUGAUGCUCUCGAGGUCCUUUUGGGUCGAGUCAUUCCAGUCAGACUUGGAAUUAUCGGGGUGGUUAACAGGAGCCAGCAUGACAUCAAUACCCAGAAGAGCCUUGUGGACUCAACGAGGGAUGAGCAGGCCUUCCUGCAGCGCCACUACCCCUCGCUCGCCUCACGUGCCGGCUCACGCUACCUGGCCAAAACUCUCAGCAGGCUGCUCAUGCAUCACAUCCGGGAUUGCCUGCCACAGCUCAAGACCCGUGUGACCGUGCUGACUGCCCAGUAUCAAGCACGGCUCAAUGGCUAUGGCCAGCCAGUAGAAGACCACAGUGCCACCUUGCUGCAGAUUGUCACCAAGUUCGCCAGCGAUUACUGCAACACCAUUGAGGGAACGGCCAGAUACAUCCAGACCUCAGAGCUCUGUGGGGGUGCUCGGAUCUGUUACAUAUUCCAUGAGACCUUUGGGCGCACUUUGCAGUCCAUUGACCCCCUGGGAGGAUUGACUGAGCUUGAUAUCCUCACCGCCAUUCGCAAUGCUACGGGUCCGCGGCCGGCUCUGUUUGUGCCCGAGGUGUCCUUUGAGUUGUUGGUGAAGCGGCAAAUUAAGCGCCUGGAGGAGCCCAGUAUGCGCUGUGUAGAGCUGGUUCAUGAAGAGCUGCAGAGGAUCAUCCAGCACUGCUCCUCCUAUAGCACACAGGAGCUUCUGCGAUUCCCCAAACUGCACGAUUCCAUUGUGGAAGUGGUGACUGGAUUACUGAGAAAGCGCUUGCCGAUUACUAACGAAAUGGUGCACCAUUUAGUAUCAAUAGAGCUCGCCUACAUCAACACAAAACAUCCAGACUUCACGGAUGCAGCGCAGGUCUCUGCAUCUGUCAACAGUCAGCAGGCGGAGGCCCUUGAUGGAGGAAAGCGCUGGAAGAACGAGAAGGUUGCAGAAGAGAGAGUCUCUGCUGCAGGCUUUGGCAGUCCCAGCAAAGGCCAGUCCAUUAACCUGCUUGACACAGCGGUGCCCGUAUCGCGCAAGCUGAGUGCUAAGGAGCAGAGGGACUGCGAGAUUAUCCAGCGCCUCAUCAAGUGCUACUUCCUUAUUGUCCGCAAAAGCAUCCAGGACAGUGUGCCCAAGACAGUGAUGCACUUCCUGGUAAACUUUGUGAAAGAGCAUCUGCAGAGUGAGCUGGUGGGUAAGCUUUACAAACAGUCACUGCUGCAGGAGCUGCUCAUUGAGUCACAGGACACGGCACAGCAGCGGACUGAGGUUGCUCAAAUGCUUGAGGCACUCCAAAAAGCCAAUAACAUAAUCUCUGAGAUCCGUGAGACUCAUCUGUGGUAGCCAGAAGAAAAGAACAAUUCCCUUGUUAUAGGACAGCUGUGAGAGUAUGAGAGUGUAUUUGAGUUUACACCGUGAGAGAGAAAGUUUGUGUGUGUCUCUGUGUGGCAGCACCCACAUUAUCUCAUAGACCAAUGACCAUAGCAUAUUUUUAUUUACUUUUUCCCGUCCCCUGUCCUGACCAGUCCACUCGGGCUGUUGCUUUUCACUGUGAACGUUGUGUAGCGAAGCAAACUGAUUAGACACUAGGGCCGACAAGUGUUACUGCAAAGUUGAAACGUUAAACGCCCGGCCACAAACUAAAUAUUUAUUUAAUAAUUUGUUUGGUUGGAUAGCAAGAUUGUUAAAUGUAAAAUUAAGAUUUUAAGUGAAGUUGUUCCCUGGGGUGUCUUUUUACAUUUUUUUUGAUCAAAAUAUUUUUUUCACUGUACAAUUUAGACAAAGAACUGGCCUUCCUCUGAGCCUCUUUAGUAGGUGCUAAAAUUAUGCUAAAUUAGAUGUUUUCCAACUUUAAUCCCUUUUUUUACUAUAGCUCUCACCAGAGAUUAAUUAAUGCUGACAGACCACGGUUAUUAUUUGCAGAAUACUUACUGGAUGAAUGCAGAUUUGUUUUUCCAGCUCUGUAGUGCUAAUCAAUAUCAGGGUUAUUUUCCAGAGCCAGAUUUUCAUAUCAGCCCAUUUAUUCUGUUGCACUGACUUUUGUGUGUAGUCAUAAACGAGGAGCCCAAACAUUCCCAACAUACAUUUUCAUCUGUUUGUAGCAGAUGAGUUGGGCAGCUAUAAUAUGUAGAGUGUAUAUAUUCUAUAGUAUCUAGAAAACAGAAACGAAUAGACUAUAUAAGAAUUGUCAGGAGAUUAUGUAAUACUCCAUCAUUUGAUUUAAGAUCCAGAUGGUGGGGCGGUAAUGUUCUCUAGCUUCUCUUUAUUUCCUCGCCAUUUGUUCACUGGGUUCUGCUGUAAAUGAUACAGAGAGAUAAGAUGGUUCACUAUUAUUGUCCCUGUCCAGUCAUAAGGACAUUACCCAAGUAAAAGAGACUCAGUGUGCAGAUAUCUCCUGCAUGCAGAGCCAUUGGCUUCUGUGCCAAUUAUAAUUAUAUUGUUAGAUGUGUAAAACUAUUCAUCUUUUUCCAUUUCUCCCCAGUUUAGGUUGUUGUCCAAGCAUAUUCCUCCACCAAGUGCUAUCGGCAUUAAUGUGAAUCUCCUUUUUCAUAGCCAAACCAAAUAGAUAUCCUAAAAAAUAGGCUUUUUCAGGAAGACCUGCUUCAACAGGGACCAUCAAACAGAAACUCUUCUGACUGUUUCUUCUGUGCGAUCAGGGAGCGAACACAACAUCUUUUCACGCUGUCUUUCUGAAAGCCCGGUGUAAGUCUGCAUGCGUGUAUUCAGUAUGCAUGUGUGGAUGUAUGAAUGGCUGAUUUAUGUAUAUUUUGUAUUAUUUAACUAUUUGAUUAUCAUGAGUCAACUGCCUAUGAGUUCUUGCCUGCCAAUAUUUGUGAUACAUGUUUACUGAAUAAAGUCUUUUGAGAUUGGAGGGACUCAUUAAACCCUAAAAAAGGACA